UUUUGGGGAGUGGAAGUGGGCCCGGGCCGGGUUGGAGAGGGCCUCCUCCGGCUCUGGCCUGGGCACAUGGAUGGAAAGGGGCCGGCCUGUUCUCUCCCGACCCUGUCUCCUAUCCCCUGUCACUGCCACGCGGGGACGAGACUGGAAACCCCGCCCACACGAAGUUUAUCCCACUGAGCUUUUGGGCUUUGGGGACCGCAGGCUGUGGCUUAAGGUCAAGGUUGGAUUUAUCCAUUCAUCUCCCAGAAAUCUCAUCCACUUUCUUCAUUCACUCAUCCUUCAGUUCUGCUCUAUGCCGGCCCCAUAGAACACCAUGAAGCAGCUGCCAGCCUUGGAGCCUGGAGACAAGCCCAGGAGAGCAACAUGGUACACGCUGACCCCCCCUGGAGACAGCCCAUGUGCUCGGGUUGGCCACAGCUGCUUGUAUUUACCCCACGUUGGUGAUGCCAAGAGAGGGAAGGUCUUCAUUGUUGGGGGAGCAGAUCCAAACAGGAGCUUCUCAGAUGUGCACACCAUGGACCUGGAAACACACCAGUGGGACUUAGCCACCUCGGAGGGCCUCUUGCCUCGGUAUGAGCAUGCCAGCUUCGUUCCCUCUUGCACACCUCACAGCAUCUGGGUGUUUGGAGGUGCCAACCAGUCAGGAAAUCGAAAUUGCCUACAAGUUCUGAAUCCUGAAACCAGGAUUUGGACCACGCCAGAAGUGACUACCCCCGCACCAUCCCCAAGAACAUUCCACACAUCAUCGGCAGCCAUUGGAAACCAGCUGUAUGUUUUUGGGGGCGGAGAGAGAGGCACCCAGCCCGUGCAAGAUGUGAAGCUUCAUGUGUUUGACGCAAACACUCUGACCUGGUCACAGCCAGAGACACUUGGAAAACCUCCAUCCCCCCGGCAUGGUCAUGUGAUGGUGGCAGCAGGGACAAAGCUCUUCAUCCAUGGAGGCUUGGCAGGGGACAGAUUCUAUGAUGAUCUUCAUUGCAUUGAUAUAAGUGAUAUGAAGUGGCAGAAACUAAAUCCCACGGGGGCAGCUCCCACAGGCUGUGCUGCCCACUCAGCUGUGGCUGUGGGGAAACACCUGUAUGUCUUUGGAGGGAUGACUCCCACAGGAGCACUGGACACAAUGUACCAAUAUCACACAGAGAAGCAGCAUUGGACCUUACUUAAAUUUGAUACUUCUCUACCCCGUGGACGAUUGGACCAUUGCAUGUGUGUCAUUCCAUGGCCAGUGAAGUGCACUUCUGAGGAAGAUCCAGAUCCUGUCACUCUGAACUGUGAUGCUGAGAAAGGGAACUCCACUGACAAAGGAGUGACCCAAGAUGGCGACUCACAUGAGGAAAGUCAGACUGACUCACUGCUCUGUUUUGUGUUUGGUGGGAUGAAUACCGAAGGGGAAAUCUACGAUGACUGUAUUGUGACUGUAGUUGACUAAUAAAACCCACUGUUUUUGAUA